UUUUUUUUUUUAAAAAAAAAACAAAUCUCCAGCAGAGUUCUCUACAUUUUUCUGUUUCUCUUUCCACUCAUUUAUUUAUAUUUUUGAAGUAUCUUAUUAUUUCAUCUCUUUCUUCUCAACAACAAAAAAACCCAAUAGCCAGCAAAUUAGUCAGUCAGUGGUACUUUUUUUUUUAAUGCCAAAUUUUCAUGUAACAUUGAAAUCAGUAAUCAGAUAAAUCCGUGGACUUUGUGAUUGGCUAUGUGUCUCGUCAAUUUGGGCAAAAUCUGUCUCCUACUACUUUCUUCUUUACAUUUCUAGCUCUUUCAUAAGAUCUGCAAUUUCUCCUCAGUUUUAACUUUGCUAAAUCGCCAGAGCCUCUCUCUGUGGGCAUUUUCUCUGCCGCCGACACUUUGCCAUCCACAUUCUCGCUUACGAACUCAAAAAAUGAUGGGAAUGAAGACCAGAACUACCGGAAUGCCGCCAAUAAUGAACGGUGGUUCUGUUGGCAGCGAAAAUGAGUGGGAGCUGAGGCCCAGCGGAAUGCUGGUUCAGAAACGCAACCCGGAUUCUGAAAAUCGUCCUCCUCCUCCUACUAUUCGGGUCCGGGUCAAGUAUCGCUCUGUUAACCAUGAGAUCAAUAUCAGUUCUCAAGCAACCUUUGGAGAAUUGAAGAAGAUGUUGAGCGGUCCAACUGGGUUGCAUCACGAAGAUCAGAAGUUACUGUAUAAAGACAAAGAAAGGGAAAAUAAAACAUUUCUUGAUAUCGCUGGCGUGAAGGAUAAGUCCAAAAUUGUUCUAAUUGAAGAUCCAAUUAGCCAAGAAAAACGGUAUCUCGAGAUGAGAAAGAAUGCUAAAGUGGAGAAGGCAGCUAAAACUAUUUCAGACAUCAGUUUGGAAGUCGACAGGCUGGCUAGACAGGUUUCUGCACUCGAAUCUGUAGUUUUUAAAGGUGGGAAAGUUGUAGAAAAGGAUGUGAUAAAUCUAACAGAGUUGUUGAUGAAUCAACUGCUUCAAUUGGAUGGUAUUAUUGCUGAAGGUGAUAUAAAACUGCAGAGAAAAAAUCAGGUGAGAAAAGUGCAAAAGUGUGUUGAAACACUAGAUGUAUUGAAGAUAAAAAAUUCAAUGCCAACAAACAAUGGAAACCACACUCCGAAAGACCAAUCUCCCCCAGCUCGUCCUCAUCAAGAUUAUAUGUAUUUGAAUGAGCAGGCAUCAUCACCAGUUCAACAACAUCAAGAUAGACAUUCGUUUAGAAAUUCACCAGUACAAAGCAAACAGCAGCACCAAUCGAGGCACUCGACCUCAGGGUCUGUUGUCAUAACAACACAAUGGGAAACAUUUGAUUCCACUCCAGCGCCAUUGCUGGAUCAUUUCUCAUCUCCUACAACCACAUCAAGCACCCAUGCUGCAGUUGCACAAUCACGAAUAAGUUGGGACUUGCUUUGAGUAAGUUGUAGACAAAAAGUGUAUCUGCUAGUUUGAGGGAUCGGGUGGUGUGAGUUUCUCCUUUCCCUUGUUGUUUUGGUACCUUUUCUCCAUUCUUUUCUGUAUCUACGUGUUGUUUUAAAUCCCCAUUUAAUAAUCUCCAAGUUGAGUAAUAACUGGGGUUACAUAUUUAGUGGAGUUUUAGGUUGUAUUUCAUCGUCGGUCAUCAAUUUUCUAUGUAAUGUUUUUGGCGUUGAUAUGUAUGAUUAUACUAUUAUGUAUUUCUGAUUGUGGUCGAUAGAUGUAGUAUGUUCCUUAAAUAUGCAGAUUAUACUUGAAAUCAUAUAAAAGUACUUAUUCAAUUGA